AUGGUGGCCGGCUACCUGCGGCCGCAGCUGGUCCGAAGCUCCAAAGCUGCUAUCGAAUGCGCGAUUUGUACCCAGCGCCUUUCGCUCCAAUUCUCUAGAUUACGAUUUCCAAGUCGUCUCUCUCCUUCAAUAGCGAGAUCAUAUGCCACCGUAAAUCCUGGUGAUCCGAAGCCUCCGAAGAAUAGUUCACAAGGUGACAAUAAGUCUUCUGGUCACCCCACGGAACCUCCUCAGAAGGAGCCGGACAGUAAUCAGAAUGACAACUCAGGCAAAUCCAAAUCAGACCGGACAGAGCUCUCUCCUCUCACUGCUCAGGAGUCCAAGCAGAUUGAUGACAUGGCAAACAUGAUCAAGAGUGGCCUACCGAAGUCUCAAGUCCGCGCCAUUGACGAAGCAGUCGGCUUGAUAAAGAAAGGUGGAAUCCCUGCGGAGUUGCGACAAAUAUUGGACGCCCAACAGAAGGAUCCGAAGCAUCGAAUUGAUCUGGCAACAACCGUCCGAUUAGUAGGCGUUUUCACCAAACUGUCUCGGAUGAGCCCCGAAGAAGUCCGAGAGAAAUACGGCAAGGACGCUCAGCAGAGUAAGCUCGAGUCGGAGAGAUAUGAGACGGAGGAGACGCCUCUCUUUGAACAAUCCAACAAACAAAAGAACCGUGAGCAGGGCGAUAAAGGCAAAAAGAAGAAAACGGAGGGGAAGCCAUACACUUUCGAUCUAAAGCUUGAUGCAGGCACUACUCUUCUCAGCUCCUUCUUUGCCUACUAUAUCUAUCGAAAUCUUUUCCCUGGCGAGUCUUCAAGAGAUAUUACAUGGCAAGAGUUUAGAACCACCUUCUUCGACAAAGGACUCGUCGAGAAACUCACUGUUAUCAAUCGAAAUCGUGUACGCGUGGAACUACACCGAGAAGCUGUCGCAAGCAUCUAUCCGGAAUCUCCAGCCAUUCGCCCCAACUUCUACUACUAUUUCUCCAUAGGUUCAGUCGAAGCUUUCGAGAGAAGGCUAGAUGAGGCACACCGCGAACUUGGCAUUCCCAGUAGCGAGAGGAUCCCUGUCGCCUACUCUGACGAAAUGCCCCUGAGUGCAGCCAUCUUCUCCUUCGGACCUACUUUGCUAUUCGUUGGAGCCUUGUUCUGGCUAUCUCGGAGAGCGGCAUCUGGUGGCGGUGGUCAGAGCGGCAUCUUCGGCAUCGGCAAAUCUAGGGCGAAGCGAUUCAAUCAUGAGACUGAUAUCAGGACCAAAUUUUCUGAUGUUGCCGGUAUGGAUGAAGCCAAGCUGGAGAUCAUGGAGUUCGUUUCUUUCCUAAAAGAUCCUUCCAAAUACCAGAGCCUGGGUGCUAAGAUUCCGCGAGGUGCAAUUCUCUCUGGACCACCUGGUACUGGUAAGACCUUGUUGGCAAAGGCAACGGCUGGCGAAUCUGGCGUACCAUUUUACUCCGUAUCUGGUUCGGAGUUCGUCGAAAUGUUUGUGGGUGUUGGCCCAUCUCGUGUACGAGACCUGUUCGCCAAUGCCCGGAAGAACACCCCAUGUAUCAUCUUUAUUGAUGAGAUCGAUGCCAUCGGAAAAUCAAGAGCCAAGUCAAAUUUUGGGGGUGGUAACGAUGAACGCGAGUCUACACUGAACCAGAUUCUGACCGAGAUGGAUGGUUUCAAUACUUCGGAACAAGUCGUUGUGCUUGCCGGGACCAACAGACCGGAUGUUCUUGACAAAGCCUUGAUGCGUCCUGGUCGUUUUGAUCGACAUAUCUCAAUCGACAGACCCACCAUGGACGGUCGAAAACAAAUUUUCAAGGUUCAUCUGAAGAAGAUUGUCACUAGCGUUGAUCUAGAGUACCUCACUGGUCGUCUGUCGGCACUAACGCCUGGCUUCUCGGGUGCCGACAUCGCCAACUGUGUUAACGAAGCCGCAUUGAUCGCUGCUCGUGCCAAUGCUACAUCAGUAACAAUGAUCCAUUUUGAGCAAGCAAUUGAACGUGUCAUUGGUGGCCUGGAGAAGAAGUCUCUGGUUCUCUCACCCGAGGAGAAGAAGACUGUCGCAUAUCAUGAAGCAGGCCACGCUAUUUGCGGCUGGUUCUUCAAAUAUGCUGAUCCUCUAUUGAAAGUCUCCAUCAUUCCUCGCGGUCAAGGAGCACUGGGUUAUGCUCAGUAUCUUCCUGGUGGGGGUAAUGAUGCAUACCUGAUGAACGUCAAACAACUUAUGGACCGUAUGGCUAUGACUCUCGGUGGGCGUGUCAGCGAGGAAAUUUGGUUUGAAUCCGUCACCAGCGGCGCAUCAGAUGAUUUCAACAAGGUCACACGAAUGGCUACAGCAAUGGUCACCGAAUGGGGAAUGUCACAGAAAAUUGGGUAUCUGCACUACAAGGACGACGAGCAACGUUUGCAUAAACCAUUUUCAGAGGAGACCGCUCGGAACAUCGAUGCUGAAGUCCGUCGCAUUGUGGACGAAGCCUACAAACAAUGCAAGGACCUGCUCCUGGAGAAGAAAGAUCAAUUGCAAGCCGUGGCUGAGGAACUAUUGAAGAAGGAGGUACUGGUGCGUGAUGAUCUGGUUCGCAUUCUUGGCAAGAGACCCUUUGAAGACCAGGGAGACUUCCACAAGUAUUUCGACAAUACGGAAGGGAAGAGUGCACCGUAA